AGAACUCUGUGCACCGGAUCUGCGGAAAUGUCUAUGAAAGCCACCAUCAUCGGAUGCCUGGCCGUGCUGGUGACACUGGUUGCGGCCCUCGAUGAACACCCUCAUUUCUGCAUUAAGACAGAUCCCAUCCUUCUGUCGGAGAUCGAUCGACAUGUGGUCAUCCCCAGCGAGGAGGACCUACAGUGCCACAUUAAGGCCACCACGUUGACCCAAAAUGAGAAGGCAAGCCUCGUGGACACCCUGUGCGCAGAUCACGGCUCCACCACAAUCAAGCGGGAUAACCAUCACUAUUUUAAGCUGCGCAACGGAGAACUGACUGGAAGGGGAGUCCAGGCGGAGGUGUGCGCCAACGGAGGUGAUUCGGUCCUGGCCUGGAUUCCCUACCACACCGUGCUCAAGAACUAUGCGGCCGAGCUGAAUCCUAAGGAGCGGCUGACAUACAUUGCCAAGGCCACGAACGUGGAGCGGGAGAAGACUGAGCUCUGUCACUUCCGACACACGGAUCUUGUCAAUGCGGUGUCCGACAAUCUGUUCACCUGCGUGGUCAUGAUCUUUGGUGAUAACUUUUAUGGUCUUGAGGAUAACAUUAACGUACUGGUGGAACUGGAACCCUUGGCCUACCAGCUGAGGAACAUUACUUACCUGCCGUGGCGCAAUGUGACUAACAGCUACAAGAUGCACCUGGGCGACAGUGUGCUCCGAAAUCCCAGCGGCGAACGUAAGCCCAUUUACGGGAGCCUGAACUACGACUUUGUGGAGAAGAUCCUGGUGAACAUGUCCAGUGUGUACCAGCAUAGGAAACUAUCCAGGCUGCCUCUGCUCUUCGAGCACCGGUCUUCUGUUCUCGAGUUGGACUCGUAUGGAAUGGGUGGCCUGGAUGUUGCGGAAAAAGCCUAUUUCGGACGAAGCAUGGACCCCAGGAGCGAGGUGAAGGUGCAGGUGAUUGGUCAGUGGGUGGACCAGCAUCGGGAGUUCGGCGCCGACAUUUACGAGUACUAUGGCCAUGGGCUGAGACGCUAUAAGGAAACUCUGACCGGGGCACGGCUCACUUUCAUCCGAAUAGAUAACACGGAACCGGUUUUCAUGGCUCCGGAGUCUAGCAACCUGGCCAAGGCCUCGCUUUUCCGGGAGCCGAAGGUUGGCCAGAUAAGGGAGGAUCCAUCGGGCAACUAUACCGAGUGGGAGAACGCACAGGAAGAAGAUUACGAUGAGGAAGGUCCAGGAUUCUACUGCUGGUUUGUGGUUACUUGCCUGCUCUUGGCCAUCGCUAUUAUCCUGGGCAUAUACAUUGUAGUCAGCGCUCACAACAGGAGAAACAAGAAGCGCCAGAUGUACGAAGUGGCCAACACGAAUGUGCCUCCACCCGCCUAAAAAUUAUGAACAUUAAGUUAAGUUUUCUAAAUCAGAAAAUAACACCAGGAUC